AUGGGCCAGACCAAUGCAAACUCCUGGAAGGGCUUUGUCUUCCUGGGCUCCUCCAGCUUUGGGGAGCUGCAAUUCCUGCUCUUUGCAUUGUUCCUCUCUCUGUAUCUUGUCACCCUGACCAGCAAUAUCUUCAUUAUCAUAGUCAUCUGGCUGGAUUGCCAUCUUCACACCCCGAUGUACUUCUUCCUUUCUUUCCUAUCUUUCUCUGAGACUGGCUACACCUUGGGCAUCAUCCCCAGGAUGCUCUCUGGCUUGGUCAUGGGGUAUCAGGCCAUCUCCUAUGUGGGCUGUGCUGUCCAUAUGUUCUUCUCUGCCUCGUGGGCUUGUACCAAUUGCUUCCCUGGCUUUGACAGAUAUGUGGCCAUCUGUGCCCCACUGCACUAUGCCAGCCACAUAAAUCCUACAUUCUGUACCCAGUUGGUUGACAUCUCCUUCCUGAGUGGAUAUCUCUUUGAUUUGGGAACACUAGUUAUUUUCCCCCUCCAAUUCUGCAGCUCCCAUGAGAUCCAGCACUUUUUCUGUGACAUGUCACCAGUGCUAAGCCUGGCCUAUGGGGAUACAGGCCUGAGUGAAAUGGGGAUCUGCAUCCUCAGCUUGCUGGUCCUCCUGGUCUCCUUUUCCUUCAUCACCAUUAUAUAUGCCUACAUACUGGCAGCAAUACUGAGGAUCCCCUCCAUGGAGGGGCAGAAGAAGUCCUUCUCCACAUGUGCCUUAUACCUCACAGUGGUCAUUGUUCACUAUAGCUGUGCCUCCUUCAUGUACUUGCAGCCCAACUCCAGUUACUUUCCUGAGAAUGAUCAGCUUAUUGCUGUCACCCAUACUGUGGUGAUCCCUCUCCUCAACCUUAUUGUAUAUAGUCUAAGGAACCAGGCUGUGCAGACAGCUCUGAGAAGUGCUUUCCAAGGGAGAUUACUCGGUAAAUGA